AUGAACGACAACUACACUAAUAACACUAACAGUUGCAGUGCUUCUGAUAACGGCGACGUUAACCAGAUCAGUCAAGUAUGGGGAACGUGGGAAGAGCUUCUGUUAACAUGCGCCGUUAAACGCCACGGCUCUAAAGAUUGGGACUCCGUCUCCAAGGAGGUUACGUCACGGAGCUCUCUAACCGCCUCCGCUAAUGACUGCAGUCUCAAAUAUCAAGAUCUCACGCGUCGGUUCGACGACGACGGAGGAGAAAUCGUCGAGCAGUUACGGAGUCUUCGUGUGGCGGAGCUCCGACGAGAGGUUCAACGAUGCGACGAGUCAAUAUUGUCGCUUCAGUUAAAAGUUAAGAAGUUAGAGGAGGAAGACGGAGAUGAUGAUAAACCAGAUCUGGAAGCGGUUAGAUCGCUAUCAGAGCCGGUACGGCUAAACCGGGAAACGACUGAGUCUAACCAACGGUCGAUGAACGAGUCUAACUCAACAGCCUCCGAUCAUGAGCGAUUAAACGAAAAUCCAGAUCCCGAGGGAGAGGGAACGGUUAGUAGAAGAUCGGGAACGAGUCAUUCCGGCGAGUUAGGCGAGUCAGGGACGUCCACGGAGUCUCGGAAGAGGACGAGGAGAGGGCACAGAUACAUUAGCGGCGAGGAUAGUAGUAUACGCGGCGGCGGUAAUAUUAAAACGGCGGGGAAUAAAUCACAGCCGUUGAUUGAAAUCAUUAAGUUGAUUCGGGCUCAUCCGCGCGGUUCAGUGUUCGAGUCUCGGCUUCGGAGCCAGGAGACCAAGGAUUACAAGGGAUUGAUAAGACAGCAUUUGGACAUUAAAACAAUAGAGAAGAAGAUGGAAAAAGGAUCAUAUGUUUCUUCUAGUCUCUCUUUUUACAGAGACCUCAAGCUUCUCUUCACAAACGCCAUUGUUUUCUUUCCUUCAUCUUCAUCAGAAUACAUAGCUGCACAAGAGCUUAGGACCCUCGUCUCUAACGAAAUAAAGAAAAAUACAGGAAAAUUGAUUCAUCGUGUCACCAAAGCAGAUGCGUUAUCUUUGGUUUCAAGACAGAAACCAUCUGCUCCUCCUCUUGUUGCAUGCAAGAAGAGCUUUGCUCUUAAACAAAAGGAUGAGAAGGAGACUAAGGAAGUUUCAGAGAAGAAGAUUGUGACUACUGCUGCAAGAAGCUCUAGGAGAACGAGCAAGGUUAUAGAAGUUGUCGCCAAGGAUACCAAAAUGGGAAGAGCCAAAACUAACAAGAAACAAAAAACAGAUUCAUCGAGUGAUGAUGAUGGUGAUAAAGAAGAGAUUCUCAAGACAGAGAAGAAGAGAGCAGUGGCAGCAUCGGAGAAGAAGAAGAGUGUGGCUGAAUUUUUAAAGAGAAUAAAAACUAACUCUCCACAGAAAGGAAAAGAAACAAUGAGUAAAAAUCAGAAGAAGAGUGAUGGGAACGUAAAGAAAGGGAACAGUAAAGUGAAACUCAGGGAGCUGAGGAGUAACAACACGUGUAAAAAGAAGGUUGAGGUAGAGAACAAAAGUAACAAGAGUUCAUCUAAACGAAAGCAAUCGAAGAAAGAAGCAGAGGAAGUGACUGAUGCAGGAGAGGAAUUAGGGAAAGACAAUCAACAGCCAAAGAAAAGAAGCAGAAGAUGAAAUAGAUGUAACAUUGGUUAAGUAUUGUACAUUUGAUUUGCCAGAAAUAUUCAUCAGCCCUCAUAACAUUAGUGUUUAUGAGGAUUCAUAGAUCUUGUCAGAAUUCUCAUAAUUUACCAGUUUAGAUUUUCUUUGACCAAUGUUGUUUUUUUUUGUCAACAAUCAAAGUUGUCUUUUGUAGUUUGAUAACUACCACAUUUUCAGAACAUUCAAAAUUAAAGUUGUCCAUG